AUGAGCUUCUGUACUUCGGGAGUGGGGAGCAGGGGCCAAUCAGGGUUCCCGGGGUUGCCGAGACGCGACCCAAACAUUCCGACUUUCCUCCAAAACAAACCAGCCUCCCCAAACCUCCAACUUCACAACUCCCCCAAUAUGCCUGCAAUGAACAGACAUUCGGCAUACAAUGAUGACUCGUUCUCCCUCACAAACAUGGACGACGAAUUAAUGGGCACUUCUACGCGUCGCGUCGACGAGGAGCUCGACUACGAUAUUGACACCUCCACUCUCGACCGUGCUUUCCCCGAUUUCUCCCAAAUACAGACCUCAGAAGAGGAAGAACAACCAGAAAUGGAGGAAGACCUCUCACACAGCGACCUCGAAAUGUCGGUCGAAAUGGGACGCGGUGCCGCCGAUCAAAAACGCGACGACUCGCGAAACUCUAUGAUGAGCUUCGAGAACAGUGUACGGUCCUCUUCACCAGCCAUCCGGGUCGAAUACCCCACACCACAGAAAACCACAACAACGCGUCCGUCACGUCGCGCAGCCAGUGAAAACCUACGGAAGAACGCUCAAGUCCGCCGAGCUACCCAAGCACAGAAGGAGACCAUGAGCCCUCAGGUGUCCAAGACUCAACGAGACCAGCGUCGCACCUUUUCCGACAUGCAUGCCAAGGUUCGAGACAGCUAUGAGGGUUCAUUCCUGGAAGAUGAACGACCUGCCCCUAUUACCACGAAGACGCGCUCUACACGGUUUGGAAACGCCAAUACCUCACAAGAAAUUGCCGACGCUGUUGAAAGAGCCUCGCGCGAGGCGUACGCAAAAGAAAUGCGGAAAUCUACAUCCAACUCUGGAACUCCCCGCAAAGGCAAUGCCAAUGCCAACAUUGUUGGCGAUACUAUGACCCACCAAUCAUUCCUCCUCCCCGACCUCCCUAAUAUCUCCGAACUUGUCUCUGGUGUUUACGAAGAUGGCACCCCCGUUUAUUCGCGCCAGGGCAAGAUGCGCUCUACUCGAUUCGUCUCACCGCUCCAUGACAACACUGAUGUCUCUCAACCCCACGAACACAUGCCACUGGAUGCCGUCCCAGUCCCCGAGGAUGAAAAGGCACUCUUCGUUCACCUUAGGCUACUUCAGGACAAAGUGGCAGAAUUGGAAAUGUUUAAAUCCGAUGCAGAGAAGCGAAUGGACGGCUACCGCCAAGAGAACGCCACUUUGAAGUCGAGCAAGCCUCGUCAGUCAACAAAGUAUGAUUCAGAAGAUAAUGAGUAUAAGAAGGGAUCGAAACGCUUGGCAGCAGAGAAUCAAAAAUUGGAAGCCGCCAACCUGGCCUUGCAAAACCAGUUGGACAUUGCUGAUCGGAAGGCCCAAGUUCAGGAGUCUGCCAUCAAGCGCUUGAAUCAUGACAGAGAGUCUGCUAUCACCCAACUUGGUGCCGCCUAUUUGGAGGGCCGAGAACUCAAGGUAGAGAACGAAGAGUUGAAGGUUGAAAACUCGGAGCUCAAGUCUCACAUCAGGCAAUUGUCAAGCCGCAGAUCUCGUGAACAGGAUACUGCCGAAACCGAAGCUAGCUCUGAUGCCGAUGAAAGCCAGGUCUACACUGAGCCUAGCGGAGAUAUGAGCCGAAGCACCAAGGAUCUCACAUCGAAGAGUGCCCGUUCGCAAACCAAGACAAAGCGCCAGGAUGACUCCCGCGCUAAAGUUUCUACCCAAGUCGACAGGGAGAUCUCUCGACUCGAGAAAGAACGUGCUGAUGAUGCCCUCUUCUCUAUUGAAGUAUCAUCCAGACGCACUUCUGCAUCUAAACCAAAGCCCCACUCGUCUCGCUCUUCCGAAUCGAAGAGCACUCGCAAACAACCAAACACCAGCAAGCAGCGCGUGAAGCGAGUGGUUCUCGAGGAUACCACUGAGCCAGAAGUGUCCAAUCAAACUAAGGCCUCCUCUGAAACAGGCGACGUCACUUUGCUGAGCCUCAUUGACGAAAAUGAAAUUGCUCGCUUGCGCAAAACAUUGGAGGAAGAGAGAUUGAUUCGAAAGCAGCGACGCUCUAGCAACCCCAAGGAUACCAACCCUACUGAAACUAUCAACUCAACUCGACAGAGCAUUUUGAAGAACCCAGCUCCACGCAAGUCUUCCAUUCGUGAGAGCAAAGCAGAGAUUCCGCGCCCAGCGUCAGCCAUUGGAGAUACUACCACCGCCUCCAAAGCCAACGUGGAGGUAGACAGCAGCCUUUCAGUGCCAAUCCCCGAGCGCACUCGACGUCAUUCAGACCACUCACUGCCAACCCCUACUCAACGCAAGAAGCAGCGAAAUGUCCCUGAAAUGACAUCGGCCUUCAUCCUGCCUGACAUCACUCUUCAUCACGUCGACUUGGCCGCGAACGAUCCAUCCAAGCUACCACAGGAGACACAGAAGGCUUUGGACAAUAUCGCUCAGCACAGUGGAAAGAACUGCACAGUCUGCGCGGGUCACUCCAAGGAUUGCAACCAUGAGCCAGUCAAGGUUCCCAAACCGGCUCCUGUCUCAGAACGUAUGCCCAAGCCAUCAGUCUACAACCCCGAGCCCACUAUUCGCCCUUCGCAACCCCCAGCGGUUGCACUUGCCACUGUUCUCAAGGGACUCGAGGACGAGCUCUCUCACCUCAAAAUGCAGCUUGCUACCUACCAAGCCGCCUACAACAAGCUUGAUGCAUCUCUCGGCAAGCGCCCCCGCAAGACCUUGCAAGAAAAGAUCGACAAGCUCUUCAAGGACAUUGACAUGAAGGCUGAUCAGAUCUAUUCGCUGUAUGAUGUCGUUGAGGGCCAGAAGCAGGAUGGUCAUGAGAUGACGGAGCAAGAGAUGGAAAUGACCUUGGAGUCUAUUGGAAUUGAUGUUGGUCACGCCGAUAUCACUGCUACAACCGACAAGUCUUCUCGUCACGGCCAGAUUGACUUGGACGAGGAAGAAGAUCUUCCCUGGGAAGGCAUUGAAAGCACUGGCGAGAUGACUGGCCACCUUUCUCUUGGACAUUGA